CUCCAGAGGGGCCCCUCGUUUUUCGGUUCCAGCAUGGGAUCGGUGUCUAACGGGAAGGUACAGUCUCCAGCCUGUAAAGUGGUCUCCCCUGAGCUGUCUCCUGAGAGAUCCUCCAAGGUGCUCGCUCAGGUUUCAAGCAGUUCUGUCGGUUUUACUGCCAACGGCACCAUUACCUCACCAGAAAGCCAGAUGGGUCAUCCCCUGAGGAUUUCCACUCAGUCCGUACUUACACCGCAGCACGAGCGGAUUGUUUUUACAGCCAGCCCUCAGCCCUCACCUGCUGGAAACGCACCUUCUCCCAGUAACAACGCAGCAGCGCUGCCCUUGCAAUGCAGCCGGAUUUCCAAAAUACCAGAAAACGUGCCGCUGGGACCCCCUGUGGUUUCCCGGGCGAUGUUCCCGGAGCAAGGCAUAACUCCUCAGAGGCCAGAAUCACCUGAGGACCAGCCUGUGGAGCAGCAGCCUGUGGUCCUGAGCACCAACAGCCCUGCCGCGCUCAAAGUGGGCACGCAGCAGAUCAUUCCCAAGAGUUUGGCUUCUGAAAUAAAGGUGACAAACAAAGCCAACAGCCAGAAUGCAGAGACAAGCAAGAGGGUGCUGAAGGUCCGCAGUAUGGUGGAGAGCCUCAGCGUGCCUUUGGUAGCUGAUGCUGAGGAAGAGACUGAGGGUGACCUGGACAGCCCAGGGACCCUGAGGCGCGGCCUGAGGUCGACAUCCUACCGCAGAGCGGUGGUGAGUGGUGUGGACUUCGAUGGCUCUUCUAAUUUUAAGAAAAAAAACAGAAUGUCCCAGCCCAUGCUUAAAGCAGUUGUUGAAGAUAAAGAGAAAUUUUCGAGCCUGGGGAGGAUAAAGAAGAAGAUGCUGAAAGGACAAGGGACGUUUGAUGGGGAAGAAAAUGCUGUACUGUAUCAGAACUAUAAAGAAAAAGCUCUGGACAUAGAUUCUGAUGAAGAGUCUGAGCCCCGAGAGCAGAAAUCAGAUGAAAAGGUUGUUUUUCACUAUAAGCCCCUGAGAUCAACAUGGAGUCAGCUGUCCGUUGUAAAGAAGAAUGGAUUAUCAGAAGCGAUCGGCCAGGAAGAAAGAAAAAGACAGGAGGCAAUAUUUGAAGUGAUAUCUUCUGAACAUUCUUAUUUGCUGAGCUUGGAAAUUCUGAUCCGGAUGUUUAAAAAUUCCAGGGAACUGAGUCUCACAAUGACCAAAACUGAGAGCCAUCACCUUUUCUCCAAUAUCACGGAUGUUUACGAAGCAAGCAAAAAGUUCUUUAAAGAACUUGAAGCAAGACAUCAGAACAACAUCUUUAUUGAUGAUAUUAGUGAUAUAGUUGAAAAGCAUACUUCUUCAACAUUUGAUCCUUAUGUAAAGUACUGCACCAAUGAAGUCUAUCAGCAGCGAACACUGCAGAAGUUACUAGCCACAAAUCCAGCAUUUAAAGAGGUGUUAUCAAGGAUCGAGUCCCAUGAAGACUGCCGGAAUUUACCAAUGAUCUCUUUCCUCAUUCUUCCCAUGCAGAGAGUUACUCGUCUUCCCUUACUGAUGGAUACUAUUUGUCAGAAAACCCCUAAGGAUUCACCAAAAUAUGAGAACUGCAAGCGAGCUCUGAAAGAAGUGAGCAAGCUGGUGCGUUUAUGCAAUGAAGGUGCUCGGAAAAUGGAAAGGACGGAAAUGAUGUAUACCAUUAACUCCCAACUGGAAUUUAAAAUCAAGCCGUUUCCAUUGGUUUCUUCUUCACGAUGGUUGGUGAAAAGGGGUGAAUUAACAGCGUAUGUAGAAGACACUGGACUUUUUUCUAAAAGAACUUCUAAACAGCAGGUGUACUUCUUCCUCUUUAAUGAUGUCCUCAUUAUCACCAAGAAGAAGAGUGAAGAGAGUUACAACGUCACAGGUUAUUCUUUAAGGGACCAGCUGGUGGUACAACAGUGUGACAGUGAGGACCUGACUGCUUCUCCUGUAAAGAACGCUUCAGCUAUGCUGUACUCACGGCAGAGUUCUGCAGCUCACCUCUUCCGACUGUCAGUCCUCAGUAACCACGCAGGAGAGAAGGUGGAGAUGCUCCUGGGAACAGAGACUCAGAGCGACAGAGCUCGCUGGAUUACAGCGCUUGGACAGGACAGAGACGGGCAGAAAACGGACAGGACAAGUAAGUUACCACUAACAAGAUUUCUGAGCGCUUUUGAUAGGAGAAUGGAAACGCACUGCCCCUUAGUGGGGACGCGAGCAGCGGGAGACUAUAAAUACCCUUAGAAAUGUUGUCCCUU